UGGAGCUAUCAGUUGCUCUUAUCGGAACUUUUUCCCAACAGAUAUACCACAGCGUGAAGUGAUGGCGCUUAGACUCGUGCGAUCAGAGGCUCAUAGCGAGGGUUGAACCGCAGGCAGCGAAUCCUGCCGGAGAUGUCGGGAGGAUGAGCCCCGAGGACUACAAGCAGUGGAGGCGCUUCCACAAGAGAAAGGUGAAGUGGCGGUACUUGAUGUUGGUCGCGGUGUUGCUUGGGAUCGCCGGGAUGAUCAUUCGACUCACCAUGGGAGGCGAAACGGUCGGGUAUGUCUCCAUGGCCUUCAUUGUGGUGGGGCCUCUCGCUGUCUUCCUGGUGGCUUACAUCUUCGACAGUUUCGAUAUACGAUACAGAAAACCUAGGUGCCGUGCUGCGGGAGUGGAUCCAAUGCUGUAUAUGUUCCCGAACGUCCCAUUCCUCUUCGUGGACAGUGAAGAUCUCCCGGCCUUGAAUCGCAUCUGGUACGUGGGGCUUCCCGAGGAUGUCACGCCCCAAGGGGCCAAAAGGAUAAAAUGCCGCGUGCAUCGGAAUGCCCUGGAAACGAUACGGGGGAAGUUCUGGAACAUAAAGACGACCGACCCUGCUCCGAAUCAGGGUGUUCCUCCGUUCGUCGUUAAAGUGGACUCUUUGGGAGACCGUCCCGACAUGGUGGAGGCCGUCCUCUGGGAUCCCUCUUCGGUCCCUCCUCCUGCUCCUCCGGCUCGGGCGCAUUCGUCGCGGGCAAGAAUGGGACGAAUAAUAGAUUACGCAUCGAGGUUGUUUCAGCAGCAGCAGGAAUCCAACAGGAAUGUUCAGUUGAUCCCACUCGAGGUCCGAACUCCAAGAUCCCAAUGUGAUAUGCCUCCAAGUUACGAGGAAGUAAUGCAAUCCUCCGCUCCGCUGAUGUCGAUGUCAAGAGAGUGAAAGAAGUACCGAUUCCAACCAAGGAAUUCCUCCUCCUUUGAAAUUCCUUUUCCAAUGUUUUUUUUUCUUCUCUCUAUUAACAGGUUCGGAUGGAUUACGAUGUAAUAGAACAUAUACAUUGAUUCUGUAAGGGACUUCUGGAUAUCCAGUGCUUCGACCCGUCGAGAAAGGGAUGAAAUCCAUUGCAACUUUUUAAUCGGGACUCUCAAUUCGUUUCGAAAAGAUUUUUGCUGCCUUCUUUUCUUGUAGACGCGGAUGAAAAAAAGUCGUAAGCGGCAG